AUGGCCGCCGCCCGCGAAACCCUCCUCGACUCGCUCGACGCCCUGCUGGGCCAGUACCUCGUCCUGCUCGACCAGUACACGACGGCGCGCGAGCAGCUGUCCACCGCCCUCGCUUCCGGCUUUAUUUCGCUCGCGCAGGCCAACUUCAACAGUCCGAAUCGCGUGCGCUACGGCCAGGAUCUGUACGAUGAGCGCAUGCAGGCGCUGCGGGCCGUGAGCAUUGACGAGACGGGCCCCGCGCUCACGCGGGCCAUUGGCCUUGUCAAAACGACGGGGGAGCCGCCGUCACCGUCGUCCGACCCUGCAGACGAAGCACCGCCCAACCCCAAUGACCCCGCCGAAAUCACCGCCUCGGACAAAGACAACACCCCGCAGCACGCUGCAGAAGGAGAAACACAUCCCACCCCCCGCGACCCCAUCCGCAUGUUCGGUAUCCUCGUCCCCCCAGCCCUGCGCACCUCGCAAGCACACUUCGUCCGCGCCGUCGAGGGCCCGGUGCCGCGGCUCGCGAACCUGGCCGCCGAGCUGCGCGCGCUGGAGAUUGAGAUUGGGCGCGCGAGGAAGGCGGUGCGGAAGUGUGGUGGUGGGGGAGGGGAGGCUUGA